UAUUAAAAAAAAAAAACAUCUGUAAUGUGUGAAAAAGUUACAUAAUUUAAAACAGUUUUUUGAGACAAACUUUUGAAAACUAUUAUUUUAUUCAUGAGUCUUUAAAGAAAUGACAGUUGACACUGCAUGUAUGUAAACAAAAAUGAUCUUGCGAAGUUUAUCGCACACAGCUGACAGAUGUAGCGCCACAAUCGCUCGUGCAGUAUUGUCAAACGUCGCGCAUCGCAUGGCUGAUUCAACGAUAUUCCCAGUCAGAUGAUAGAUUGUUGUGUUUGCGCGCGAGUAUCUUAAACUAAAUAAUUAUUAUUUCCGAUUAUUUCUAUAACUGUACAUAUUGUUCAUAGAGAAAAAACGUAUUUCUGUACACACACAUAUAAAUAUCGGAGUAAAAAACAACACUGAUGAUGCCAUUGUCUAAACACAUGUGAGUUAGUCAUGCAAUCACUGGCUCUCACGGUUUCCUUCUCUCGUAUUUACGUGUGUAUCUGGAAGUGUAGCUGAAAAAUAAUUUAUAAAAUGGAUUACUUAUGGAUUAUUUAUAUGCAUUUAAUCAACUCUUCUGAUCUUUCAUUAUAAUGUAAAAAGAUGAAGACCCGAGUGUGUUCGCUUGGAAGAACUUCUAUUCUUUGAACGAACAUUUGUUUCUGAGAGAUGAUACACAGAAUGAAUAAUCUUUCUGGACAAUUUCGCAAGACAACAUGGGAUCCGAUUCUGAUAAUUUCCCAGAUAAUCGCGGUGCAGUCUGUGAUGUACUUCUGCCUUGGAUUCUGGAUCUGCAUUGUGGCGUCGGUGCUGGGAUCCACGAAAUCGCUGGAUUACGCUUUUCAAUAUAAGGAGAUACACGUUCGAGAUUUUGGCGGACAAUUAGUUAUUGUUAUGUUUGUUCUGAAUGCACUUGUAGGUGCGUUUGCAUUAUGGUGGCUAGUGCAGAGAACGAAACUGUGCAUGGACUUUGCGUGUACAGCUCACUGGAUCCAUUUAAUUUGCUGCUGGGUGUACAACGGAACGUAUCCCACGUCUUUCAGCUGGUGGUGUCUGAAUUUCGUAUCGUUAAGUAUUAUGUGCGUAUGUGGGGAGUUUCUUUGUAUGAGAACAGAACUGCAAGCAAUACCCUUGAGUAUGAAUAGUCAAAAGACGGCCUUAUGAGAUACAAAACAAAAUAAUGCAAAUACAUUUUUGAAAUAUAAACUUAAAUUAAAGCAGUAAAUAAAACUUCCAGGAAA